CAGCGCUGCAGUGAAAUGACACGCUGAGAUGUUUACACUAAAGUGCUCGGUAAACCUUCGAGCUGACGAAUCCCCCGGUCCCACCGUAAUGACCACAACCACGUGGUGAAGUCAGUCCUAUAUAAAUCUCUCUCUCUACAACCGGCUGCCUUCAGAUGUUUGUGUAUGUUGGCAGAUGGAGCGUUGUUUUCCACCAGCAGGAAUGGAGGAGUGCGUAAACUGAAGGGGAAAACACUUUUGCCUGCUGCUACAUAAGUUUAUCGCAUCAUCCAGUUCUCUUUAUGGUUCUUGAGGCGCAUAUGCGUUAGGACGCGUCAGAUCGGUAACGUUUCCUUUUCUUCAGCAUCUGCUGGUGCCAAACGCACAAGGCGAUGCGCUGUGCAGAGUGAGCGGAGGCUUUUCCCGGACCUUCUCGUCUUCAAGCAAGUGAAAGGCGAUUUGAAGAGAGUUUGCGGCGCUCGAUGCGGCGGAGGUGCGCGCAAAAACCCCGCAGGCGUCGCUUCUGUGCUUUGAGAACCACAAACUUUUCUUAGGGCAUUAGAUGGCCACAUCUAUGGCUAUUAUAGUGUCCCGUGAUUUUGUGUUGAUGAAUGUGCAUCCACAAUGAAGUGAUUUGGAAUGAAGACCUUAUUUGUUCUCCCGCACAUAACGAAUCUGACUGAUCAUUUCAUGUCGGCAUCUCUGAUGGAUUUGCACGUACAAUAAAGAGAGACGUUUGUCAUUGAUGAUAGUGCGCGCAAGAGCGCAAAGAGUCGAAGUUUGCUUCGCCCAGCGAGUCAUUGAGAUGAUUGGGUUUCUGCUUAACUGAAGUCAUUAAACAGCAUUUUAAAAGUCGCCUAUGGUACAAAAACAAACGCACAAAAUGAACUUCGUCUUGAGUCUUCUCCUGACCUUGGAUUUAGCCACGGUGGCCGUCAGUCUAUCCACAUGCAGCACUCUAGACAUGGAUCAGUUCAAGAAGAAGCGGAUCGAGGCCAUCCGUGGUCAGAUCCUCAGUAAGCUCAAGUUGAGCAGUCCUCCGGAGAUCUAUCCGGAGCCUGAGGAGGUGUCCCGGGACAUCAUCGCCAUCUAUAACAGCACAAGGGACCUGCUGCAGGAGAAAGCCAACGAGCGAGCGGCCACCUGCGAGAGGCAGCGCAGCGAGGAGGAGUACUACGCCAAAGAAGUGCACAAAAUAGACAUGCAACCCUUCUACCCUGCCGAAAAUGUCAUCUCUCCAACGCAUUACAACCCGUACUUCAGGAGACUGAGGUUUGACGUGAGCUCCAUGGAGAAGAACGCCUCGAACCUGGUGAAGGCCGAGCUCAGGAUUUUCAGACUGCAGAACCCAAAGGCUCGUGUGUCUGAGCAGCGCAUUGAGCUUUACCAGAUUUUAGGUCAUAAAGACCUCACGUCACCCACACAGCGCUACAUUGACAGCAAGGUGGUGCGCACCCGUACAGAGGGGGAGUGGCUGUCCUUCGAUGUGACGGAGGCCGUCAGUGAGUGGCUGCUACACAGAGACAGAAACAAUGGAUUCAAGAUCAGUCUGCACUGUCCCUGCUGCACAUUUGUGCCGUCAAAUAAUUACAUCAUCCCCAACAAGAGUGAAGAGCUGGAGACACGCUUUGCAGGUAUAGAUGACAGCUUUGUGCAUGGUGGGGAUCUGAAGAUGUUUAAGAAGCGCCGACACAGUGGCCAGUCUCCACAUCUGCUGUUGAUGCUGCUUCCAUCAUUCCGUCUGGAGUCCCAGCACAAGAGCCACAGACAGAAACGAGCACUGGAUGCAGCCUAUUGCUCCAGGAAUGUGCAGGACAACUGCUGUUUACGCUCUCUCUACAUCGACUUUAAGAAAGAUCUGGGCUGGAGGUGGAUCCAUGAACCAAAAGGCUAUAACGCAAACUUUUGCGCAGGAGCCUGUCCGUAUCUGUGGAGCGCUGACACCCAGCACAGCAAUAUCCUCGGCCUCUAUAACACUAUUAAUCCAGAAGCUUCUGCGUCUCCGUGCUGUGUGUCUCAGGAUCUGGAGCCCCUCACAAUACUCUACUACAUCGGCAAAACGCCCAAGAUUGAGCAGCUCUCCAACAUGAUUGUCAAGUCCUGCAAGUGCAGCUAGAACUGAUCAGCUCCCUGUUUACCAACAUGCAUUCACACAAACAAACACACACUAACUUGCGUCAAGGUACAAUAGAGUUAAUGCCAGUUCCUUCAAGUACACACCCUUGCAAACACACACCCAUCUAGACUGUGUGUGGAUGGGUGUACUUUUGCUGGAAAACGGGCCCUGUCGGCAUGCGUCAUAUCACCCGAUCAUCACUCUAUGGAUGUGAGUUUGGCAAACACUGGAAGUAUGUGAUAGGUGUCUAUUUGUGAAGCAAGUGGAAGAGAAGAUCCCUCGUUCCAAAAUUUAUUUAAAACAAACACUUCUUUCUGUUCUUUUGUAGUUAUUGUUGUUGUUGAUUUCGUUUCUCUCAAGACUACAGAUCUUCUUUGUUUGACUAUUUGUUAAUGUUAUUAACCCAUUAAUUGAUUACUGGAGGUAAUGACCAGCCUCCCUGGUGAAAGAUCACAACAGAAAGAUGGAAAAUCGUGGAGCGGUGUUGGAGAUAACGCAAGCCUCAGAAACACUAGAACUAGCCACCUUAUGUAAAGUGAAAAGGUUCAAGACCAGCAAGUCAUGUUGUUCAUGUUGUUUCAGGCCUUAAGCCCAAAGUGUACUUCGAUUUUGACGGGAACGCUCAAUGUCUUCGUACAGUCGAACGCGAGCCUGUCAAAGUAUACACCAUAUAACUGUGUGCGCAUACACAGGCGGUUGGCGCAUGCGCGCUACGACUGCUAUGAGACACUGGAAUAUUUAUCUGCAUAAGUUUAGACCCAUAAUGAUGUCUCUUCCUUCAGACUCGAGUUAUACAAAUGCAGGUAUCUCCAGACCUCCUCACACAUGCGCUCUUGACUUGCACAUCCACUGUUGUUGUUUUUACCUUCAUCUCCUGAUGUUUACCGGUGAUUACAUCUUCUUCUAGCGCUUCUUCAUGACAGCAACGGCUCAAAUGUGAGUGUUGCACAUUGUGGACUCACUAAUUCGUGCAAAUAAUUUCAGGUGCAUGCACAUUCUGCACGUUCAAAGACGCGCGGUUAGAAGAAUCGGGCUGUGCGCAUUCAGUGCUAGAGAACUCUGACGAUGACAAGAUUUGUGUCACGCGUCCUGUUCGCAGAUGCUCAGAGUUCGCAUCUGACCGAAGUAUACUUUGGGCUUUAUUCUGAAGUCUGAGUGAAGAGUUCAAUUUGCUUAUUUCAUUCUUUACACAAAUCAUUCGUAAACAGUCACAAAAAUACCAGCAUGUUCUAAGAAGAAGCACUGGUUAUAAUAGCACACAUACCUGAAGGUUAGUUCAGAAGACGCUGACAAACAGUUCUCUUGACUUGAAUUUGUUUUGAUCAUCGGGGUCCCGUAUCGACCUGACAGAGCAAGUGCUAGCAGUGAUGUAACACAACAGUCAGGGAAUAUUAAUUUUCAUUUUCCCAUUCAUUUUCUCCAUAGAGAAAAGACUUUAUAUAACAAUAACGUAAACACUUUUUCAGACAGACCUGAAGAAAGGUGCUGUGGUGAAAAACUACACUACCCAUAAUACAGAAGAGAGAUUCGCCAAUCAGAGAAAUCGCUGUUUCCAUGGAAACAAGAACUGCAACAAAACUACUCCGCAACAACCACCUCAGUGAGUGAAUGGUGGAUGACGUAAUCGAGUCAGCCUCCUAACACUCUCAAACUUCAUAUACACCGAUGAGCCAAAACAUUAUGACCACUCGCAGGUGAAGCAAAUAACAUUGAUCAUCUCCUAACAAGGCCACAUGUCAAGGUCUGGGUAGAUUAGAUGGUAAGCGAACAAUCAAUUCUCGUAGUCAACGUGUUAAAUGCAGGAGAAAUGGGCAGGAGUAAAGACCUGAGCAACUUUGACAAGGGCCAAAUUUUUAGGGCCAGACGACUGGGUCAGAAUAUCUCUGAAACGGCAAGGCUUAUGGGGUGCUCCCGGUCAGCAGUGGUGAGUACCUAUUGACAGUGGUCUGAGGAGGGAUAAACCACAAACCAGCUACAGGGUGUUGGGCGCCCAAGGCUCAUCGAUGCAUUAAGGCAACGAAGGCUAUCCCGUCUGUUCCGAACCGACAGAAGGUCUACUGUGGCACAAGUCAUGAUGGUUAUGGGAGGAAUGUGUCACAACACACAGUGCAUCGCAUCCUGCUGCGUAUGUGGCUGCGUAGCCGCAGACCGGUCUGAGUGCUCAUGAUGACCCCUGUCCACUAUCUAAAGCACCUACAGUGGGCACGGAACUGGACCUUGGAGCAGUGGAAGAAAGUCAUCUUGUCUGAUGAGUCCCAUUUUCUUUUACAUCAUGUGGACGGCCGUGUAUGUGUGCGCCGCUUCCUGGGUAAGUGAUGGCACCAGGAUGCACUGUGGGAAGAUGACCAGCCAAUGGAGGGAGUGUGAUGCAAUGGGCAAUGUUCUGCUGAAAAAUCCUGGGUCCGGCCAUUCAAGUAGACAUCAAUUUGACACAUGCCACCUACCCAAACAUCGUUGCAGACCCCUUCAAAGCAAUGGUAUUCCCUGAUGGCAGUGGGCUCUUUCAGCAGGAUAAUGUGCCCUGCCACACUGCACACAUUGUUCUGGAAUGGUUUGAGGAGCAUGAUGAAGAGUUCAAGGUGUUGCCCUGGCCUCCAAAUUCCCCAGAUCUCAAUCCAAUUGAGCAUCUGUGGGAUGUGCUGGACCAAAAGUCCAAUCCAUGGCGGCUCCACCUCGCAACUUACAGGACUUGAAGGAUCUGAUGCUAAUGUCUUGGUGCCAGAUAUCACAGGACACUUUCAGGGGUCUUGUAGAGUCCAUGCCUCAGCGGGUCGGCGCUGUUUUGGCGGCACGCAGAGGACCAACAGCAUAUUAGGCAGGUGGUCAUAAUGUUUUAGCUCAUCAGUGUAUAUUUUUAUGUAUCUGAAUAUUUUGCAGUAAACUUAAAAUAUGUUUAUACUUACAAUCAAUGACUUUAAGACAAUAGUUUUGUAUUGUACUGUCAUUUUUUUAUUCGAUUACGGCAUUCGCUGUGCUUCAUGAGAUGCAUAGUUCAUAAAAGAUGUUAAGUACACAGACUUAUACCUUUGUCUUUUUCUCCUAUUUUCAAAUAAGUUUUUGCUUCUUAUCAAAUGUUGUAAUGUUGUGAUUCAUGAUCUCAGAGUUAGUUUGUUUGAUUCAUAGAUUAGAACGCUUUACUGAAAAAGUUUCUUGAAAUGCCUAUGGAGAAAAUGAAUGAGAAAAAUACUUUUGAAACCAAAGCAGCUGAAAAAGUGUCACUGUUGUGCUCUAUAGCAGAAUGAAGUGAUGUCAUCAUGCUGCUACAGAGACUGAGGUGAUGACAGGUGACAUGAGAAGAGAGAGGGGUAAAGUGUCAUUAAGGUCAUAGACUAUAAUGAAGGGAAGAUUUUGAAGAAUGUGAAAAUAUAAUGGACAGGUAGCGCAAUCCAUGAGGGACGAGUUACCGCAGUGUGUUGUGUUUUUAACAUGUUGUGCUGAGGCCAGAUUCACAAAUGCACUGCAGCAGCUUCAAAUGCUGUAUGUUUAUCAUUGAGAAACUUUCUUUAACACAUCUCAAACUGUUUUCCUGAAUUUGUGAUAUUCACUGCAAAAAAAAAAUUUUCUUAAUCAGAAUUUAUUUUUAAUUUUUUGUCUAGUAAAAAUAUCAAAACAUCAUUAAAACAAGAUAAGAAAAACUAAACUAGAUGAUACAUUAAAUAACACAAUUUUGUGGAUUUUAUGUGUAAAACAAGAAAAAAAUUAUUUGCCAAAGAAAACUUAAUUUUCUGAAAAGGUCUGAUUAUUUUACAGUUUUGCUUCUCAUGUAAAUGUAUCUUAGUUGAAGGAUGUUUAGAUAUUUUUACUGGUAAAACAAGACAAAAUACUGAUUAAAUGAAUGUUUCAGGUUCAAUAAAAGUUAAGCUCAAUCGACAACAUUUGUGGCAUUAUGUUGGUUACCAAAAAACAUUAUUUUGUAUUCUUCCUCGUUUAUUUAAGAACAAGCAAAAAAAUCGAGGUUACAGUGAGGCACUUACAAUGGAAGUGAAUGGGGCCAGUCAUUAACAUUGAAAUAAACAUUGUUUCAAACGUAUAGACACAAGACAUACACAUUAUACUUGUUAACAUGAUUUUACUGUGAUAAAAUCAGGGAUUUACUGGUGUUACGCCAUUUACCACAUUACGGGGGUUUAUGGGCAUUACACCAUCAUGACAACGCAGUUGUAUAAUUGGAUAUUACUUUACACAGAUAAGGUUAGUAAGUGAUUUUAUAACACUUAAAUCAUGUUAACACGUAUAAUGUUUACGUCUUGUGGCUAUACUUUUGAAACAGUGAGUAUUUAAAUGUUUAUAGACUGGCCUCUUUCACUUCCAUUUUAAGUGCCACACUGUAACCCUUUUGCAGACAAUUAUUAUUAUUAUUAUUAUUAUAUUAUUAUUAUUAUUAUUAUUAUUUUAUUUUUAUUUUUUUAUUGUUUUUGCGGUAAUCAACAUUAUGCCAAAAAUGAUCAAAUUUGAUCUUAACUUGUUAAGAAAAAGUUUUUUGCAUUGAUUUCUCUUGGAGGAAAAGAGAUCCUUUGUUAUGAAGAAUUGCACUGACUCUUUUAUUUCUACAUUUUUUUUAUUUUUUUUAUUUGUAACUUUGUUGUUUUUUAUUCGUAGUUAAAGCUUCACCCACAUAACAUGAGCUGAUGAUGUGAGUGGCGUCCAGGUGGAGGUUUCCCUUUUAACUAGUCCUUAUCUUAACUAGUAUAAGAGGUAAAACUGGUCUUAGAUCAGUUUAAAAGGGCAACCUUUACCUAUGCCCAGGACUUUUAGGUGACAAUUAUUUUAUUUUUAUUAGGAUAAUAGCGCCAGUGGACUUCCUGGAGACACAGGAAGUGGAAUGAGACACCAGCAUUGUCACACUAGAGCUCUUUAUUGUUAUUGUUGUCUAUGAUGAUGAUGUCGAUAUUGUUGACCCACUACGAUGUAUUGUAACACAUUACUGUUGUGGUGCUCUAGUGGCAAAUAAAUUAUUUAUGUGACAAG